CAUGGUGGGGGAAGGGCGGAGCACUUCACGACCACGUGAUUGGGAUGAGCCUUGCAUGUGGUCACCGCUGAGGGGUAUGCAAAAGGUUGAAGGCGGACGACCCUCUCCUCAACGCUGCCAAACUCUCCUUAGGAUUGCUUGGCGUUAUUUCCAAGUUCAAGGAUUAUCUCUUCUUGGUAGAGCUGCCUUCCAUCCAAAUUGCUUCAAGCAAACACUUGAGAAUGCACUUGAAAACCCCCCUACAGAGAUGCAAGAUAGAAGUGCAGAUGAGUGGAUUAAACUAUGUGAUCAUUUUAGUUCCGAAAAAUUCCUGAAAUCCUCCACGGCAAACACAAGCAACCGAUCUAAGAAAAAACACAACCACCGCACUGGUUCUCGUCCCAUUGCAUACAUUGUAGAGGAAAUGACAGCGGUAAUUAUUACUACCUCCGUCCCACUAAGAUUGGGACGAGAGAAGGUGACACGAUUAUUAAGAAAAGUAGGUUUGCGUGGUUGAUAUUAAAUUGAUAAAGUAAAAAUAAAGUUAGAAUGAUUUAAAGCCACACAAUCUUUACCAAAUAUGGUAUGGGACAAUCUUAGUGGGACUUCCCGAAAAGAUAAAAUGAGACAAUCUUAGCGGGACGGAGGGAGUAUAUUGUACAAAUAGUUAUUGACUUGCAGAAAUAUUGGGUUUUCCAUAUAUAUGCAGUAAUUGAGACAUUUCUCAUUCUUUAAGGACGGUUCGAAAUUUCCUGAAGUUGACCCAUUUGAAUAUACCUAUUCUGGAAAAGACAAGACUUGGACGAGUGAUGAAGCUAAUGCUCAACAUGAUGAAAUGCUAGCAAAAACAGAUGAAUAUCUCUUGGAUGUGAUAAGAGAGCAACAGCUUCCUGAGGAUACUCCCUUAGAAGAGGUGCCUGUUGAUAAUCCUGACGCUGGACUUAACAUUAUGGUAUCUUUUUUAGGUAAAAAGCCUGGGCGGCGAAUUCGUGGAUUAGGAGAUGGACGUCUUCGAGAUACCAAUCUAAAACAAAAGCGUAUGGAGGAUGAGUUAGCAGCCGAGCGUUCUGCAAGAAAAGCUGCAGAAAAUGCCCGAUUGGAAACCGAGAAAAGGUUACAAAAAAAGUUGAAGGCUAUGGGACAACAGUUUAACUCAACAUUGGAGGCUUGGCACACUUCACUACAAAAGUCGUAUAGUAACGUUCCUGGUUUUGUUCUACCACCAUUUACGUCAUUAUCAGUUGACGUGGAUGAGACUGAAGAUGAAUCAUAUAAUCUUGAUUAAGAUACUCAUGGCAAGGAGUGACUGUUUUAUGUUAUGUUAACGUUUUAUUCUAAACUAAAACAAUACUUUUUAAGAUGCUGC